CGGAGCUGGAGAAGCGAGAGCAGCGGUACAUGACCGUGUUCAAGCAGAAGAUAUCGACGUUCAGGGAGGCGUGCUACCUGAUAUUCGGGUUCAAGGUGGAUAUGGGCGAGGACCGGGGUACUGGUCUGCCCACGUUUACGCUGAGGAGCAUGUUCGCCUCCAGGGACGACGAGGCCAUGGUGUUCAGGGUCGCACCGCCCAAGGUUGGAGCCACCGGAAACGAGACGGGUGGCACGGUGGAGCUGCUCCCCGCGCCCUACACGAGCACCGACGAGAUGCGACGGAUGAUCGACAUGUACGUGACGCGGUGGAGUUCCGUGCCGGGUUUCGUCGCCAACCUCACCAUGGAGCUGUUCAACAAGCAGACGGCGGCGUGAUGAGUCCGCCUUACCCGGGUGAGUGCGAAGCGCGGUUGACGAGAGGAACUCGAAAACCCGUCAGACUGACAGCUUGCUUGCUGUGAUAACGAAUAAAGUAAACCUC